AUGGAACUACUUUGGGAGCGCAUGGCGAACGGCGGAGAUUCUGCUGAGAAACCAGUCGAUAUGCUGCAGUGGAUGCUGGACUCUACUCGCAAGAAGACUCCUCAAAUGAUUGAACGACUAGCCCAACACACUAUGCUAUUUUUUUUCGCUGGUGCUAAUGCACCACCUAUGCUCUUAAGCUUUGCGCUCAUGAAUUUAUGUAAAUAUCCCGAGUACCUCGAGCCCCUCAGAGAGGAGAUAAUGCGCCUAGAACACGAACCGGAAAACGAGGCGAAAUACGACUCGAUGAUUCUCAUGGACAGUUUUCUUAAAGAAACCUCAAGACUUCAGCCACUACUCUCAUUUACCAUGGCACGUAAAGUUCUGAAACCCUUCACCUUCGCCGAUGGCACCCAUGUGCCAAAAGACAUUUGGAUCUGUGCUCCACAGCAUAUCAUGAACCUAGAUGAAGCGAACUAUUCGUCACCAAACACGUUUGAUCCUUUUCGCUUUGUUCCUAGCACGAAGGCAUCUGUAGACGAGGUUCAUGCAUCCAGAUUCACAACUCCCAGCCACAAUUUCUUAUAUUGGAGCGGCCCUAAGAGACCUUGGGAAGACAGUCUACAUUUCCAGUCGCGUCUUUCAUUGAUACUUCCUAUGCUACGAUGCGAUUUAUCUCCCAGAUUUCUCGACGUUAAAGUCACCAAAUAUUGA